AUGCCUCGAAAGGGAUAUGAUGUUACCGGAACCGCCCCAGGCUCGGCCGCCUACGACGCGGCAGCUCGAGCCAAGCAGAGGAGUGCGCCUGGAAACCGCACUCCUCGCGCUGGAACUCCUGCCGAUCCAUCCCAGCCCAGUGGAGAUGACCAGGAGACUCCUCGAGCUUCUCGGGUCGGCAUGUUCACUGGAAGCGCGCCUGUUGGCCCUUCCAUGCAUUCGCAGAUGAACGCCCUUCAAGGCAACAUCAGUUUCUCAACUCAACAACGGUUUCCUGGAGAGCAGCUGUAUCAGAACCCUUUGAACGCCAGUUCAAUGCAGGCUGCUGGCCAAGCCGCGGCGCCGCUCAUGGGCGCUCCGUACGGUCAUGGCUCUUUUCUCGGCGCACAGUCGUCGAUAUUCCCCGGAGCUGCGGCCCCAGCCUUCACGGGCCAGUUCGUAAACGUCCCUGAACGAUUCAGGGAUGCCACCUUUGGAACCGUGGGCUCUGGAGCACAGCAGCAGCUUUGGAGCAGCAACCAGUUCCAUGCUUUGCCCGCCAGCCAGCAUGGAGCUCAGAGCCGUCCCAUCGCUUAUCCCAACCACGAGUCCCUCGGUCACGGUCAAGCAGCCAUGGGAACCGCCUAUCAUCCGGCACCCACGAGCGCCAACGCGGGCUCCUUUACCUCCCAGGCGGCCCAAGAAGACACGGAGAUGACGGAUGCCGAAGACUGA